UGUAGCUGCUGUAUUUUAAAAUGCAGCCACUUACCUGUCCCUUGGUCCAGCUGUGUCCUCACCACCGCUGGUUUCACUGGCCGUCUUCUCUCCCUGGCACCGGCAUCUUUAGUGUGGGCACCCGGCUGUGACAGCUUGUGGCUUCACAGCCAGUUGCCCACUGCAAAUGCGCGAGAAGCACUGCGCUUUGUGAAUGGUCCUGUAGUCUUCUGGGACCUGUCACAUGUCCCAGAAGACUCUGACCGCACCCCAAAGGUCUGCAGUCUCUGGUCAUCUCCUGCACCAUGUCCGCAGUCUCUGGUCAUCUCCUGCACUAUGUCCGCAGUCUCUGGUCAUCUCCUGCACUAUGUCCGCAGUCUCUGGUCAUCUCCUGCACUAUGUCCGCAGUCUCUGGUCAUCUCCUGUAGUAUGUCCGCAGUCUUUGGUCAUCUCCUGCAGUAUGUCUGCAGUCUUUGGUCAUCUCCUGCAGUAUGUCCGCAGUCUCUGGUCAUCUCCUGUACUGUGUCCGCAGUCUCUGGUCAUCUCCUG